AGGUAACUAUGCCUUAAACUAAGGAGUAAGGAAGUAACUACAGAAAAUUGAGUUAGAGAGGUUUGUUUCUUGUGCAGGCAUCACAUAAAUACUCAGAUUUGUGUGUCUGUUUAUCAUUCUUCUGGUUUGUAUAUCUGGCAAGCAGUAGCUUCUUCACUUCCUGAAUAGUGUACUGCAUCAUGAAACUGGAGGUGCCAGAACGUUUUGAAGAUGUUGCUGUUGAAUUUUCAAGGGAGGAGUGGGAGAUGCUGAGUGAAAAGGAGAAGAAGUUACACCAGGAAGUGAUGGUGCAGAACUUCGAUCACAUGAUAGAUGUCGGUUAUAACAUCCCAGUGGACCACCUUUGGUCACUUAUUUUGAAAGAUAAGAUGCUUCCAUCUGGUAUCGGUGACACAGGAAUGACUUUACCACAAAAUCAGCUUCCUGGUAACAGAAUUAGCAUUAGCAGGGAUGCAGAUUUCUCUGAGAUCCAGAAUCUUCGGCCAUCCCAUGAGAAACUUCUGGAUGCUGAAUUUAACAAAGCUCUCUCAGAUAAGAUGUCAAUCACAAGGGAAAAUGGAAUGCAUUCUGAAACCAGAAAUAACUGCAAGGAAAGUGAUGAUGGAUUGAUUAAAAAAAACAAACGAGAAAUGCAUCUACAAAUUCCCAUGGAAAUGGCAUGUAAUCAGCUUAAUCACAGCAACAGUGUAACAUUCAAUAUUAAUGAUUUAACUGAUCAAUUAAGUCACAAUGGGAAAAGACAAAAUAAUACAAUGGCAUCACAUGAUCAGAUAGGCAAUAAAGAGAAGCUUUACAACUGUGCCAUAUGUGGCAAGAGUUUUAAAAGUAGACAGGCUAUAACAAGACAUAUGUUAAUUCAUACUGGUCAGAAGCCCUACAAGUGUACCAUGUGUGACAAGAGGUUUACAAGGAGGAGUAGUAUGAUAUCUCAUCAAAGGACCCACAGUGGACAGAAGCCCUACAAAUGCAGUCUGUGUGACAAGAGGUUUGCAUGGAAAAGGACUAUGGUACUUCAUCAGUAUAUCCACACGGGACACAAACCCUACAAAUGUACCAUGUGUGACAAGAGUUUCACAUUGAAGAGUAGCAUGGUAAAACAUCAACAUAUACACACCGGAGAGAAGCCCUAUAAAUGCACCAUUUGUAACAAGAGUUUUGUACAGAAGAGUCACAUGGUAACUCAUCAGAGUACCCACACAGGACAGAAAAACUACAAAUGUGACACAUGUGGUAAGAGUUUUAGGCAGAAGGGCAAUAUGUAUAGGCAUCAGAAUACCCACACUGGGCUGAAGCCCUAUAAAUGUACCAUGUGUGACAAGAGUUUUUCACAGAAGUGCAGUAUGACGCUUCAUCAACAUACCCACACUGGCCAGAAACCCUUUAAAUGUGCCCUGUGUUACAAGUCCUUCAGACAAGCAAAUAUUUUGAAAAGGCAUCAGAGGAUCCACAGUGGGCAAGAUCCAAAUAUAGUGAAAAUUUUGAAACAUGUGGAGAAUAAAUCUAAGAUGACAUCUCUGCUU